GUCUUGCGAAAUGCUAUAUUUUCAGUUACCAGAAAGGCAAUCACACGAGCCAGUUGGAACACAUUUUGGCGCUUUAAUUUGAUAAGUUCGGUGUUGACAUCAGCAUGAAAUAUUUUGUGCUGUUCCUGGUCGUGAUCCACCAAAUGAAAAAUGCUGAGGCCCUCAGAAAAGGUGAUGAUAAGACAGAGAACUUAACAUCGCGUGCUAACGGAGUCUCUGGCCUGAUGCGCGUCGAGGAACAGACUAAACGCUUUAUCCGUGUAUCGCAGUUGGCUGUCGGUGACGUGAUACGCGGCAUCACCGGGAUAGAUAAGAACCCUGCGUGGUGCAAGGUAUUGGCCCUAUUUCCAGUGGCACAUGGUCAGACACAGACCACGUAUGACGGGUUCACUGCAGGUCAGAUGGUCGUAGAGCAUACAGUCCACCCGUAUGGCGCAUAUGGAACGUUACGUACAGGUUCUGUGUUCACACUAGCGACGGAGUGUGAUGCUUUGGUAAACUCAGCCGGAAAAACGUUCACGCCCUUAAGUACAGCAUUCUGUCCAUUCCAGUUGAGUUGGAAACAGUAUCUUCAGUUGAUCAGCUCGAUACGCCGCCUAAUCGGCCUCACUGGAAAUUUCUGGUUUAACCUGAAUGUGUACCACGACAACGAGACAGCGCCUGUACCGCACUGGGUCGACCGGCUUCCUCAGCUAUGCCAGGAGCUCCUGCAAUGCUCGCGACAGGACCUUUCGCAGUGCUUAAAACUUCGGAAGGUUAUGGUAGAAUUUGCGCAGACGUACCUUAGCAAGGAAUACGCUGAGGUCGUGGAAAAAGCUCUUACGAAGAUUUACGGCGAUACAGAGAAAAAUGACGAGGCUGAGAGCACAACAGUGGAACAUUUUUCACAAGGAAGUAGGCGCGUGUUUCUGAUGAUGGUUGUAGGUGCCACUGUGCUGCUUGUAGCACUGAUACUAGUUGUAGCUGUGUUCAUUGAUUUCUACCGCCAAAGAAAGGUCAGAAGGGUAACUCGUUAUUCUCCGGUGAAGGUUCAGCUUUAAGAUAGGAUAUAAGAGUGGGCCGAAAACAAUUUAAUAAUACCACAUAUUCCAGAGACGCUGAUUUUUGAUAAAUUAUUCAGACACUAAAAAUCUUCUUGAAAUAGAUACUCUAAACAGUCCACGAUUCUCUGAAGAUUUAUCUCGUUUAUUACAUUUUGGCCGAAUUUAACUUUCAGUAUUUAGUAUAUUUGAUCAUGAAAAUUGAAUUAAUAUUUCGCGGGCAAAUUAUUAGUUAGCUUAAUCUAGUCGUAAUGUCAGUUGCACUACUUUUUGAUUACUUACAAAAGACGAAUUUCAUUUUUGUCAUCAAGCAACGGCCGCGAAUUCGGAGUCUGUCUCAUAAUAGGCUGUAACAUUCAGUUGAGUAAGGCCGAAAUAAUGAGAGAGGAUCUGGGAACAAUCGUGCAUAAUGUGAUUUUACUGAGCUGAGAUUCCUCACUUAACCACAAAACUAUGCCUUACUUUUCAACUUUCGUGAUAUCUAUAAUAGUAAUACUGAUAAUUUC